UAAUUUGUUUUUCCACUGUUGAGGAAGUACUAAGGGGGAGGUUUUUAAUUGUUUUUUUUUCUGAUGGACUUUUUUCGUCAGCUUGUUUUCAGUAUAGAUUGACGAAUUUUGGCAGAGAAGAUGGACUGUGGCUGGACUCUGGCUCUGGCUCUCCUGCUGAUGGUGGAAGGUCACCGAGAUGAUCUGUGUCCACGGAGAGAUCCACCUCCAGGGGUAAUGGUGUUGACCCCGGGCAGUGAAGUCCUCCUUCAUUGCCAUGGCGAUGUCAUUGUUGACAGAGUGCUUAAGGUCCAGGGAAAUACAGAGAGACCCUUUAUUAGGGCUUACCAGCAAGACGCAGGGACAACAUCAGAUGAAGGAUACCUUGGAAAAACAGCAGAGACCUCUACUGCAACAUACAAAAUGGAGACAGGAAGAUCCUUGACCGAAGCAACAGAUGACACCUCUCGUGGGAAAUACCAGAAAGAGACAGGGGUGACCUCCAGUGACGGAUCCCAUGAAAAAGAUAGAGAAACCAAACCUGGAACUUACCAAAGAGAGACUAGGAGAACAGCCACUGAAGGAUUCCACAGAGAGAGAGGAGGAACCUCUUCAGAAGGAUAUGAUGAAAGUACAGGAGGAACCCUACAAGGGGCACACGAAAGAGAAAGAAGAGAUGUUACCGAGACUCAACCAAAUGAGUACAGACCAACUGUCACAACUGAAACGGUCACAUCGGUAAACCAGGGGGAGACUUUCAGCACAACAGAAUGGCCGCAAAUGACCAAAAUGGCCGACACAGCAAGAGCGGCCUCCCAGCCUCUUCUCCAGGAUGAUGCCACGGAGGAGGGGGCAGCAGCGCGGCCCAAGAGAAAGAGGCAGAGUUACUGGACACUGGACGGUGUGGUAGUGCAGGGAAGCGCCGAGAUGAGAGUUCUCAGACUGCCCCACCUUGGACUGAGGGAUGCAGGAAACUACAGCUGCUACAGAGAGGGGACGCUGAUGAGCACUGUGAAAAUCACGUUAGGAACUCCACCAGUGAGCCCCAGUCUGUCAUGCUACAGGAAGUCACAUGAGAGUAAGAUCCGCUGUAAUUGGACAUCGCCUCAACCUGUGGUUCCCCUCCCCAAGUGCUACAUCCUGCUUGAGAAAAGUUUCAGCGGGCAGCCCUCCAGAGAGGUGUGUUCAUACUCGGUGGUCCAUUCACGCUGCUGGUGUGUGCUGGACCACAAGGAGCGAGGGAGCUGGGGUGACAUGAGUUGGUACACGGCCAGACUGUGUGUGACCAACACUGCCGGCAAGGCCACGAGCCCAGUGAUUCACUUCACAGCGAAAAACUCCAUAAAGCCAGACCCUCCUGUGUCAUUGAGGGCCAGUGAGGUGCAGGGUGGGGAGCGAAUGCUGAGUGUGACCUGGUCUUACCCCGCCUCCUGGAAAAGGGGCUAUUAUUCCUUACAGUUCCAGCUGAGGUACCGACCGUUUCACGGAGAAAAGUAUCAGACCUUGGAGACAAAGGACCUGUCCUGGACUAUCACUGAUGCACUGCCUCACACUGAGUACCAGCUGCAGCUCAGGGCCAUAGAGGAGUUCAAGAUCGGCAACUGGAGUGACUGGACCACACCCGUGUAUGCCUGCACCUGGACAGCUCCUGAGUCCACUCCAGCAUCUGACUCUGUGGAUAGUUUGGAUCCUUUGUGGUUUGAUGAAGGCUCUGGAUCUGUUGAAGAAAUAAAAACUCUCUCAGCAGUGGCUGAUGAUUCAUUGAACACGUUUGGAAGCGUGUUUGGUGUCUUUGUGCUGGUGAUCAUGCUCAUCCUGCUCUCUGCGUAUGUGUUCAGACACAGAAUGCGUUUUGCAUCCAAACUGGGUAAGCUGGGUUCAACUCCAGCUCCUGGUGACCCCCCUGCUGCCCGUCCCCAGCCCACCCUGGAUGAAGAGAAGCCUCUGAUGUCACCCGUAAGCCCCACGCCCUCGCAGGUCACCAUGCAACAUCACUUCCCCCCGGUGCAGGAAGAGAACAGCCACAGUGUUCAUUUCUUCAACAUGGGCUACUUCCUACUGUCCAAAGAAUGAAGAUCAUGCAAACGACUCAAGAACAUUCUUCUUCUCAGAACUUUAUCCAACAGUUUUAGAAGUGCACAUGUACAUACUUUACCUCCUUACCUAUUUGCCUCCUAGCUCAGAGCUACGUGUGUGAUGUUUCUGCUAUUAAGGGCUUUGUUUUGAGCAAGCCCGUGAGCUUGUUAUGCCACGUAUAUUACCACAAGUGCGUGUUUGCGCGCGCGUGUGUGUGUGUGUGUGAUUUAUAGAGAGAUAAAAUUAAGCUAAGAUUUUUCAAUUACUUUCAUCUGCCUAUAUGUGUGUGUGAGUUUGUGUGUGUGUGGAGUAAUUUACAACUGGAAAUAUGUUUUUAUCUUUAUUAAUGUCAGACAAUGUUCAAUAAAAUAUUUUGAUAUAAAA